AUGCGAUGUGUGCUGGUAUCUUGCUGCGGACUCCCCGCAGCCGGCAAAACCACUUUCUGCCGCAGCAUCGCCGCCAGUAACAGGUUCCCUACACAAGGAGCAACCGACACAGCGACCGAUACACGUGUAGAACGAGACAGUUCGGACUGUGGGCCCAUCAUCAAUGGCGGUCCUCAGAUUUGGGUAAGCCACGUUUGCUUCGACGAGUACAUUAACAGCGCCCAUCGACCGCGGCGGCAGCACAGCCGUAGCAGCAACGACGACGAACCAUCCUUCAACGCUCGAAUAUCUAGCCAUCUCUCCCCUGCGAGCGACGUACACCAUAAGAAGGAUCAGGGGGCAGGCGUUGAGUCAGGAGAAAAGGCGGAACUCAAUCUUGGCCGACAAGCAGGCGCUGACGAGCGAGAUAUGAAGGAGUCAACAACAUAUCCACAGACGCACGAAGCAACGGGAACAUAUGCCGUCGAGUCACAGGGAGCGACAGAAACAACACCACAUACGUCACUUGCAGAACCUCCAGGCGCUUCAGAGGGCGGCGAGGACGGCGCCAGAUGGUGGCACGACGGGCGACGGGCUGCAAUGGCCGAGUUAGAGGCGCUAGCGAAGGGGGCGGAGUCAGGGGCGAGGGCAGGACCCAAAACCGCGGUAAUCUCUGGCGGGACGGUUUCUUCCGCUUGCGCAAUGCCACCGGCGAUGCUUUCGGAGGAAAUGAGAGAAGAUGGGUGCGGUUAUGCGCAGGUUUUCUUUCCCACGGAUGUGGAAAUCGCAGUGAAGAGAAACACGGCGAGGGGAACGUCAGUCUCUGAGGCGGUUAUCCGAAAAAUGGCCGCGAACAUCCAACCUCCGGACCCCAAGCGUUUCAAGUGGGAACGCCACACCGUGGUUGUCAGCUCUCCAUCGGGAUCUCGCUCUCCGCAAGAAGGAACAGAAAUGGUGCCACCACUGAAGCCCCAUCGAACACCACCGGAUACUGCUAACUUGUAUCGAAAUCCGCCUCGUGGCAGCAGUCGUGCCAAGAUACUCAGCCCUUCGGGAGGGGACUUCGAUGCGGGUGACAACGUCAGUAAGGUGGCGGAAGGUUCCACGACUGUCGUUCACUCGCAACGGAGGUUUUGGUGCGUCAUAGCCACCGCCGCGGGCGAAGAUCCAAAGCCACUUGCUUCGGAUUCUGCCUCACGUGUUUUGGACAAGGAAGCGGACAGAGAGGCGACGAAGGCGAGCGUUAUGCACCAGUACGACCUUCACCUGCGCGAGGCGGUCAAGCGCGUGGCCGAAGCAGCCGCCGGCGCUGGCCUUUCCCGUGAUGUUCAUCGCGUGGUGAUGAAGGCAUGCUCGGCGUCAAGAAAACAUGCGAUACGCCGCGCAAGAUCCACCGCCGACCAACGCAGCGUGAGCACGUCCAAUCAAAGCACCGCCGGGAACGUCGCGGUUUGCCACGACAGCUAUCAAGGUUGCACGGCGGGUGGUGGUGACGGGUGUCCGACAUCCGGGUCCCUAUCUGAUACGGACCCCUUCGCUCGCGAGUUCGAGAAUGCCCUGGGUACUAUCGACGUGGCGGAAUCGGUCAAAGUGCAACUCGUCGUGGCUGCAGAGGGUGUUGCGAGAAACUCCUUUCGACUAUUUUGACAUGCAGGGUACCCAUGGAUUUGGUGAAAGAACUGACGAAUUCGUGCACCUCAAACGAAAUCGUCUCACAUGCUGGAGAUGGUGCUGAAAGGAGUUGUGGAGUACUGCCGAAUCCGCCUGUUUGUCCGAAAGCGCCUCACCAGACUGGGAUCCUUGCAAAUACAAUGGACAUUGUUAAAAAUACAGU